UAUCUAUUUGUUAGUUAGCUCCACAAAUCUCUCUCUUCUUCUCAGCUACAAAACCAUCUGAAAUAAAAGAAAGAGGAAAGAGGAAAGAGGAAAGGAAUGACUCGUCUUUCACCAUUAUCAGAAGAACCUGUAAACGAAGAAGAGAGCACAAACUGCUCAAAGAAAGCACAUACAUGGAGAAACUGGCUGAUGAACCACUUCUCUCUCCUCUUCAACAAGAAAUCUGAUCUAAAGAUCCUCUUAAGCGUACUGGGUUGCCCUCUAUUUCCUGUUUCCGUCCACCCCAAACAACCCAUCAACGAGGUAUCUUCUUCGGCAGAAUACAUAAUACAACAUUUCACGGCGGCGACAGGUUGCCGGAAGCUAGAGGGGGCGGUGAAGAACAUGUAUGCAACUGGAAGAGUGACUAUGGCAAUGACGGGCGAGCUCGGCCCCAACGGCCCGCCUGCGGGAGCCGCCGGGACUCCACAAAAGGGUUGCUUUGUAAUGUGGCAGAUGGUACCUAACAAGUGGCUAAUUGAGCUUGUUGUAGCUGGCCAAAAAGUUGUAGCCGGUAGCGAUGGAAAGGUGGCUUGGCGCCACACACCAUGGCUCGGUGCCCACGCCGCCAAAGGCGGCGUCCGUCCUCUCCGGCGUGCUCUCCAGGGACUAGAUCCUGUGGCUGUAUCAGCUGUGUUCUCCCUAGCGCAGUACAUGGGGGAGAAACGAAUCUCAGGCGUCGAUUGCUUCGUUUUGAAAUUGUCAGCUGAUCAUGGGGACCUCGCUGAUCGAAGCGAUAACACAGCAGAAAUGAUCAAGCAUGUGAUGUUUGGUUAUUUCAGCCAAAGAAGUGGAUUGUUAGUGUACUUAGAGGACUCAUACCUCACCAGGAUACAAUCACCUGGAACAUAUCCUACAUAUUGGGAGACCACGAUGGGCACCAAGAUCGAGGACUAUCGGACGGUGGAGGGUGUGGUCAUUGCUCACUCCGGUCAAUCCAAUGUGAUCAUCACAAGGUUUGGAGAAAAUUUUAAGGUGGGACCUGCAAUCACACGGAUGGAAGAGUCCUGGACCAUCGAUGAUCUUGCCUUCAAUGUCCCUGGCCUCUCCAUGGAUUGCUUCAUUCCUCCUCAAGAAGUACAAAGAGAUUAUCCUGAUGAGGCUCUUGAUUGGAGAUCACCAUUACAUACAUGAUCAUUAUCAUCAUCUCUUUCUGUUUUGCAUUUAAUAGUUUCCCUAAUAUUAUUUUUAUACAUUUUCAUGCCCAAUCAUGACUAUUCAAAAUAUUCUUCUUCUUUAUAUCACUGACAUUGACAAAUCAUUUAUUUUAUAUUUGUAUGCGUGUAUAUAUAGUAUUUUCCACA